UAUCGUUAGACGUAAAGAUUGGCGCCAUGUGUAAGAAAAUCAGCUGGCAGGCCACAAUGGGAGAUAGGACGUUAAGAACCUGUUCGGCAAAAGUAUUAUAUAUCAGGCAAGAAGAAAAUGACAUUGGUGUUAACAUGGUGGAUACAGAAUUGGAACACUCCACAAAGAAAUUACAGUAGUUUGACAAAGAACCUGUGACUCGGCAAAUAAAUUACAAUGGUUUAACAGUCAGAUGCAAUGGUUUGAUGGUCAGAUGGUUUGACGGUCAGUAGAUGGUUUGACGGUCAGUAGAUGUAGAUGGUUUGACGGUCAGUAGAUGGUUUGACGGUCAGUAGAUGGUAUAGAUCUUGUAAGAAUGGAACACUCUGUAAAGAACAAGUGAUCAUAAAGAGUCAGUACUAUAAAUGUAGUAUUUUAAUUUUUUUUCUAUUAUAGAAAUAAUUAUGUUAUCUCUGAGAGUACUCAUGAGACAAAUUGUUGUACUGUAUCUAGAGACUGGAAAGAAGGUUUUAUUAUGAAUUUCUGAAUGUAGCCAUAGGCUUUGACAGUAUGUACACUUGUUUAACAUGCAUAAACGUCAAAUAUUCUAUUUCCCAGAGACACCCAUCUAAAACCAUUAUCAAGCCUUUAUUCCAUGCCUUUUAAGUCAAUAGUGUGAUAUCAUUUAUAGAGAAAAAAAAUGUCCUCAAUAUUUUCUGUAUGUCUGCAGCCCAAGUCAAUAUUAUCACUUAAAAGAAUUAUUGAAGUGUUCUAGAGAAUGAAAAGUGGUUGACUUUAAUGAAUGUUUAUACUAAAAUCCGAUAAAUUCCCGCACCAGGUUUGACAGAGUGACAAUGAACCAUGAUAGGGACAUUGAUUGGAUGCUUAUAGAGCAAGUACGACAAUGACAAGCUGGUCUGGGACGAUUCCUGGCCGACAGAUUCCCAGACUCCACAGGGACAUGUCACAGCACCUGGGAGAUGUAGCAAGAGAAGUUUCUCAGAAUUGGUGGACUCUGCAAUCAGUCAAAUUGAUCAUGCACUGAGUUUGGCGACAAGGCACCAGGAGACAAACACACAGACGAUUAUCACAGCUUUGCAUCUUAUUAACGAGUUCUACAAAAGUCGUCUGCUGUGUAACCAUCCCCAGCUCUUCACAGAUAGCCAGUCAGAAAAAAUCUUCACCAAGCGACCAAGAUCAGGGAAGGAACCCAGAGCAUUGUGGGACAUUUUGGACAGUCCUUGCGGAGGACUCUUUGUUAUGGUGUUAGUGAGCAGAUGAUGAAACCUUUGGAGGCAAUCCGCUGCACUUUUCCCAAUUGUACCUGCGAGUGUUUUUCACCUGGCAAAGUUCAGCUUCGUUCCUGUGAUGGUUGUAAACAUGGAUGGGUAGCUCAUGUUUCAAGAUGUCAAAUAUCUGCAAAGUCAAUGUACAUGUGCCCUGUCGAACUUGAGCAGAAGCGGCUGGUAAUUACGUCUCUGGCACACGCUCAGAAGUCAACAGGAAGUACUCUAGAUAAACUUGGACACAGACACAUUUACAACCUUGGAAUGUCAGUGGAGGUGGUGCAACCCAACAUUGUGUUUGACAUAGCCAGUCUGAUGCUGUAUGGGACACAUGCCACGCCCAUCAGACUGAAAAUCCUUCUGGACAGACUCUUUAGUGUUCUUCAACAUGAGGAAGUCCUGCAGGUCCUUCAGGGGUUUGGUUGGACUUAUGAAGACUAUGCGAGGGGUUACAUACUGCAGGUAAAUAACUCUGACUCUAAUGGGCAAGUGUUGGACAAGUGGAGUAUUGCCUCUCGGGAGGAAGAACAUGUUAUUCUACAGCAGUUUUUACGAUUUGGCGAAACAAAAUCCAUUGCCCAAGAAAUCAUCCUCCAAGACAGCAAGGACCAACCAGAUUUGUUUUUUAAAGCUGGAAACCGCUCAGAUUCAGAGAUCAAAAAGUUUAUUGAAAGAAACAAUCACUCUAUGCAAUCCUACAUGAGAUCUCUUGAUUCUCGUCAUUUAUUUGGAUCCAGGAUUCCAUUUGUCCCAAUAGAUGGACGUUUGCUGUCAACAACAUCAUCUUUAUCAAAUUUCUCACCUCCUUCUUCUAGAGAGCUCCGCCCUCCUGUUGUCACUGCUGGAAUGACUUCCUCUAGUCCAAAUUCAGGAUCACCGUUGGGAAGGCUACAAACCAUGCAGCCAUUUGAUUAUCGUCGGGAUCAGGGUAGCCCUGCUCUAAGUCCAGUCGUACCAGACAAACGUUCUGGAUCCUCACCCAGUCUGAGCCCAAGGAAUCUCAGCUCCACCCCUCCUUCUUCGCAGCCUGUAACACCCCCAUUUACGCCUAUAAAAGGAUUAGAGAACCAGGACCACUCUCCUCUGUCCUUGGCGAAGAUUCCGAUGACACUGCCAAUCCUUCCACCAAAAGACAAUCAAGGCAUCAAUGCAAUAGAUUAUUCCACCAGUAAGGACUCGCCUGUCUCACCCAACUCAAUCUUCUCAGACAGAAAGCUCAAACACAUCAGAAAAUCAAACAAUCCUGUCAAGCGACAGUGGAAUCCCUCACCUGGCUUUGGAAGCACUUUUAUCGGACCUAAUGGUAAGAAGCGUGUAUUAUGUACUGCUUGUAACAAAACUUUCUGUGACAAAGGAGCCCUGAAAAUUCACUACAGUGCAGUUCACCUGAAAGAAAUGCACAAAUGCACUGUGGAUGGAUGCAACAUGAUGUUCAGCUCUCGCAGAAGUCGAAAUCGACACAGCGCAAACCCAAAUCCCAAACUACACAUGCCCCAAAAGAGAGUGAAAAUGUCUGAUGGCAACUCCUUGAAUGAUGACUCAGACAAGUCACUGGCAUGCAGUCCCCCACCUACAAUGGUGAUGCCUCCUACCUUGGGACCACAUGGCACAAUUCCACCAAUCGAUGGAAAAGACAUUCAUCCGGCCACACAGGCAGCAUUCUACGCCGAGCUUAAUGCACACUUAUCAAUGUUUCCCACACCAGAAAAACGAUACAAACUUUUUCAUAAUGAUGAAGGGCCAAAAGAUUUCAGCAUGUUGAAUAACAGAGAUUCUAAGUUAGAGUCUGAUGGAGAGAGCAUUUCUGACAAAGAGGAUCGACAGAAAAUGGUGUCACCCACUCAGAGAGCAAGCAGACGAAAAAAUAAUAUUCCUACUCGCUACAAACAACCAACAGAAAAUUUCUCAGAUGACAAUUCAGAUGAAAAGGACUCCUCUAAAGAAAGUAUUACUGAGGGAAGAUAUUAUCAUAGGAGAAGCAAGAUUGCAGAGUCGUUAGAAAGAGAGAGAUCCUCUAGUCCUCAUUCUCAGAGGUACUACCUCAAUCUCUCACUAGCAGAGGUAGAUACUACAGACAAAAAAGAAGACCAAGAUAGUCCCUCACGGAGAGACUUUCCCAAAAUCGCCUCUCUCUUGUCCAAGUCACCUGGAUAUGAUUCUCAGGAGGCAUUAGAUUUCUCUAGGCCAAAGAAAAAAGUUGAAGAAGAGUCAGAAAUGGAAAUUGACUUAAAUAUUUCUGAGGUGAAGGGGUCAGUAUCUGAAGAAGAAUCUGCAGCGAUGGAUGACAAGGAGGGAUCACAUGUAUGUGAUAGAUGUGACAAAAGCUUUUCAAAUGAUGCAUCCCUGCAGUACCACAUCAAGGUUAUGCACAAGAGUAAUAAAAAUGCUAAGCCCACAUCAGAAUUCAGCAGUCGCAAAAGAAAAACAUCCAGACCAGAGGAAGAAUCAGACGACACAGCAGACGAAAGAGAGAGUAAGAGAAGGGAAGAUGAAGAAAAUCACCAACCAGUCAAAUGUACACAGAGCAAUGGGAAUGGGAAGUUACAGGAAGAAGGGGUGGAUGAUGGGAUGGAAGAUGAGGAGGACAGGGACAGCGGAACAGAACUUAAUGAAAUUUGUCUGGAGGAGAAUGAGAUAUCUGUCAACUGCCAUAUCUGUGAGUCCAAGUUCAAGGACAAUUUAGCUCUGAAAGAACACUUUGAAGUGAACCAUCCAAAGGAGAUGUUCAACUGUACAGUAAAAGGGUGCGAAAAAAUCUUCUCCACACGAAAAAGCCGGAAUAGGCACAGUCAAAACGACAAUUUACAUCGACAUUUGUGUUCUGAGAAACAGAACGGAAUAGUUUGAAUCUCAUUAGAAAAUCUACUAAUCACUCUAGUGCUUUAUUUAUUCACUCUCAUUGUUUUGUUGAAUUAUUUUGUAAAUGGUUUAACUUAUUACAACUCACAAGCCAACAAAUUAAAAACAUACUCUUAGAGAACAAACCGCUCAAAGUAAUAAAUAUAUAUUAGCUAUGACUGUGAAGCACAUUUACCGAUUUUGAGAAAAUUUGUGGAAAAGUAUGUAAAAAAUAAAUUAGAAUAUCCUUAGAAUUCAUCAGUUUAGAUAUGGAAAGCAUUUCAAAUUAUGAAGUAUAAUUAUUAUAAGAUCUAUGCAAGUUCCAGAGUAAAACCUUAACACUAAUCCGUUAUUUAUACUGGAUGUACACAUUGUCAGUAUUAUAUACAUAAUUACAUGCAAUACAAUGUAUAUGUUAGAUGUCUCAGUGUUGUUAUGCAAAGUGUUGUGAAGGUUUGGUUUUAUUUAAAUAAAUCUCAGGUAAAAUGCACUUAGCUAAGUUCUAGUGAUACAUCUUUUUUGCAUUAAUGUUAACGGAAAACCUUGUAAAUUUUUUGUUCUAGUGUGAUGAGAAUUUCCCUUAGUUCAUAAGGAAUUUAAGAAAAGAUGGCCAAAUUUUAAGGACAUUUUUUAAAAUUAGAUUUUACAAGGUUUUCUGAUGUUGUUCUGCAUGCAUAAUAUUAACACCAUAUACAUGUACACUCCUGUGGAAAGGGAGGUAAUACAAUAUUAAAUCUCAUAGUUUACAUAUGUUUUUUCCAUUUUCUCCUGUAGAAAAGCAGUGUUUGUAAUGAAGUAUUUUUGUAGUUAUUUUAUUGAAUUAUAAAACUAAAACCCUGAUCACUUAUCGGAUGCAAUGUCUGUACAGGUAGUGAACUUUGUGUAGUUUAUCUGUGUCAGUUGUAGUUCAGCGUGUGCUUUAAUCAGAUAUUCUCACUUCCCACUCCUCUAAAGAGUCACUGUCUCAUUCAAGGUGUGUUGUUUUCCUUUGACAUUUUAACAGCACAAGAGGCAUUUAUUUGAAAGUUUCCAAAAAGGACUAUUUGAUAAAAUUCAUUGACUUCCACUUCUCUCAUUCCUUUCGUCUCAACUUCAAAGUUGAAAAUGAUUGGUUGGUUUUUUUUCUUAGUUACUGACUGAAUUAUCAAAAUUUUGUAUAGGUUUUUUGUGCUGUUUCAUUGCAUUUAAGACAGGUUCUCUUUAUGGAAGAUAUCAAAAGAGAUGUGUUAUACGCACAUUACGUUUUUUGUAGAUCGGCAAAUACACAAAGUAUUAUGUUAUUUUAUAUUAUUAAUAUUAUGCACUUUUAAAACUUUGUAAUUAUGCAAAUAUUUGUUUUUGUUAUGACAAGAAUCUAGUCAAUUUUAUAUUAUUUGAGCACAUUUUGUAUUGAUUUUGUCAAUAUUCAAGUCCUGCCAAUUCAGCGUUGCCAAAAUCUGUAUAUUGUGUUGAAACACUUAGGUAGUGUUGACUGUGAUAAUACUGCUGACUAACCUACUCACCUCAGUCCCAGAACCUAAUCCGAGUUUAUCCCCAGUCCCGCUCCAGAACACAGCCCAAGUUUAUCCCCAGUCCCACUCCAGAACACAGCCCGAGUUUAUCCCCAGUCCCGCUCCAGAACAGAGCCCGAGUUUAUCCCCAGUCCCGCUCCAGAACACAGCCCGAGUUUAUCCCCAGUCCCGCUCCAGAACACAACCCGAGUUUAUCCUCAGUCUCUCUCCAGAACACAGUCCGAGUUUAUCCCCAGUCCCACUCCAGAACACAGUUGGAGUUUAUCCUCAGUCCCACUCCGGAACACAACCUGAGUUUAUCCUCAGUCCCACUCCGGAACACAGCCUGAGUUUAUCCUCAGUCCCGCUCCGGAACACAGCUCGAGUUUAUCCUCAGUCCCACUCCGGAACACAACCCCUCCUGUAGCCCACCACUCUGAUACUUGUAUAAGUAGAAAAGAUCUCAAUUAGCUUCUGCAAUUACCUAUCUUGUACAAAAUAAAACUGAUAACAUUAACUGAUGCUCUCAAUUAUUAUUAUGUAUUCUGAAGCACAGUCAAUUGUAACAUCUCUGAGUAAACAUACUUUGUGUGUUUUGUGGCUAAAAGAAAAUUUCAUUACAUGUAUUAACAUAAUUUUGCUUAAACUGUGUUCAAUAUAAACAUAUUCAACUUUGUAUAAUUACAUUGCAAGAUGUACCUGUGUCAAUUGAUGAGAGAGGGAUGUCUUGUAUUGGUUCACAAUUGCUGGUAGUUUAACGAUUUUCAAUAGGGAAAACAUCACUUUUGCCUAAUAUGGUUGUAUCUUUAGUAUGUGUUACAUAGGGCACGUCACCAUAACAUUGGUUUCAUUCAUAGGUGUUCACGUUUUCAGUAUUGGGUAGACAUGUUAUUUGUGCAAUAGGCGAAAAACAAUGAAGUUGUUAUCAUUUUAUGCAUAAUUUAUACAGACCACUUUUUUGUAUCAGUAUUAGGUUUAGAAUAAAGUUCUUGUAUACAA